AUGAGUCUCCAAGUUCAACUUACUGCCCCCACCCCCGCCUUCAGGCCUUCCCCUCACCCAAGGACUGCCCUGAAUUACCCCAACCCCUUGCACCAAAAUCUAACACCCUCAGGCCUUUUCAUCAACAAUGAAUUCGUAGAGGCAAAGUCUGGCAAGACCAUUGUCGCGAUCGACCCCGCCACCGAGAAGACAAUCGCCGAGGUGCAAGCCGCCGGUGAAGAGGAAAUUGACAUCGCUGUCAAGGCCGCUCGCAAGGCUUUCGAGAACCCUGAAUGGAAGGAUCUUGAUACCUCUGAGCGCGGCAAGCUUCUGCUCAAGCUGUCUGACAAUGGCAAGCCUUACACUGCUGCUAUGGCCGAGGAUGUCGCCGAAGUUAUCUCUGUCUUCCAAUACUACGGCGGCUGGGCCGACAAGAACCACGGUCAGAUGAUCAAUAUCAACUCUGACAAGUGGGCUUAUACUCGCCACGAGCCUGUCGGUAGGUUUUCUCAAUUCACGGCUGCUGCUGCUCAUCAUGUUUCGAGUUGGGCCAUGGGGCUGACCAUCAUUCAAUAG